AUGGCGUCUUACACAAAACAGAAGACAUCAAUGGCGUCUUACACAAAACAGAAGACAUCAAAGCCGUCUUACACAAAACAGAAGACACCAAUACCGUCUUACACAAAACAGACGAUAUCAAUGGCGUCUUACACAAAGAAGAAGACACCAAUACCGUCUUACACAAAACAGAAGACACCAAUACCGUCUUACACAAAACAGACGAUAUCAAUGGCGUCUUACACAAAACAGAAGACAUCAAUAUCGUCUUACACAAAACAGAAGACAUCAAUGGCGUCUUACACAAAACAGAAGAUAUCAAUACCGUCUUACACAAAACAGAAGACAUCAAUACCGUCUUACACAAAACAGACGAUAUCAAUGGCGUCUUACACAAAACAGAAGACAUCAAUACCGUCUAACACAAAACAGAAGACAUUAAUACCGUCUUACACAAAACAGAAGACAUCAAUACCGUCUUACACAAAACAGAAGACAUCAAUACCGUCUUACACAAAACAGAAGACACCAAUACCGUCUUACACAAAACAGAAGACAUCAAUACCGUCUUACGCAAAACAGAAGACAUCAAUGGCGUCUAACACAAAACAGAAGACAUCAAUACCGUCUUACACAAAACAGAAGACACCAAUACCGUCUUACACAAAACAGACGAUAUCAAUGGCGUCUUACACAAAACAGACGACAUCAAUACCGUCUUACACAAAACGGAAGACAUCAAUACCGUCUUACACAAAGAAGAAGACACCAAUACCGUCUUACACAAAACAGACGACAUCAAUACCGUCUUACACAAAACGGAAGACAUCAAUGGCGUCUUACACAAAACAGAAGACAUCAAUGGCGUCUUACACAAAACAGAAGCCAUCAAUGGCGUCUUACAGAAAGAAGAAGACAUCCAUACCGUCUUACACAAAACAGACGGUAUCAAUGGCGUCUUACACAAAGAAGAAGACACCAAUACCGUCUUACACAAAACGGAAGACAUCAAUACCGUCUAACACAAAACAGAAGCCAUCAAUACCGUCUAACACAAAACAGAAGCCAUCAAUACCGUCUAACACAAAACAGAAGCCAUCAAUACCGUCUAACACAAAACAGAAGCCAUCAAUACCGUCUAACACAAAACAGAAGACAUCAAUACCGUCUUACACAAAACAGAAGACACCAAUACCGUCUUACACAAAACAGAAGACAUCAAUACCGUCUUACGCAAAACAGAAGACAUCAAUGGCGUCUAACACAAAACAGAAGACAUCAAUACCGUCUUACACAAAACAGAAGACACCAAUACCGUCUUACACAAAACAGACGAUAUCAAAGGCGUCUUACACAAAACAGACGACAUCAAUACCGUCUUACACAAAACGGAAGACAUCAAUACCGUCUUACACAAAACGGAAGACAUCAAUACCGUCUUACACAAAACAGAAGACAUCAAUGGCGUCUUUCACAAAACAGACGACAUCAAUACCGUCUUACACAAAACGGAAGACAUCAAUACCGUCUUACACAAAACGGAAGACAUCAAUACCGUCUUACACAAAACAGAAGACAUCAAUGGCGUCUUACACAAAACAGAAGCCAUCAAUGGCGUCUUACAGAAAGAAGAAGACAUCCAUACCGUCUUACACAAAACAGACGGUAUCAAUGGCGUCUUACACAAAGAAGAAGACACCAAUACCGUCUUACACAAAACAGAAGACACCAAUGGCGUCUUACACAAAACAGAAGACAUCAAUACCGUCUUACACAAAACAGAAGACAUCAAUACCGUCUUACACAAAACAGAAGACACCAAUACCGUCUAACACAAAACAGAAGCCAUCAAUACCGUCUAACACAAAACAGAAGACAUCAAAACCGUCUUACACAAAACAGACGAUAUCAAUGGCGUCUUACACAAAGAAGAAGACACCAAUACCGUCUUACACAAAACAGAAGACACCAAUGGCGUCUUACACAAAACAGAAGACAUCAAUACCGUCUUACACAAAACAGAAGACAUCAAUACCGUCUUACACAAAACAGAAGACAUCAAUACCGUCUUACACAAAACAGAAGACACCAAUACCGUCUAACACAAAACAGAAGCCAUCAAUACCGUCUAACACAAAACAGAAGACAUCAAUACCGUCUUACACAAAACAGACGAUAUCAAUGGCGUCUUACACAAAACAGAAGACACCAAUACCGUCUUACACAAAACAGACGAUAUCAAUGGCGUCUUACACAAAGAAGAAGACAUCAAUACCGUCUUACACAAAACAGACGAUAUCAAUGGCGUCUUACACAAAGAAGAAGACAUCAAUACCGUCUUACACAAAACAGACGAUAUCAAUGGCGUCUUACACAAAACAGAAGACAUCAAUACCGUCUUACACAAAACGGAAGACAUCAAUACUGUCUAACACAAAACAGAAGCCAUCAAUACCGUCUAACACAAAACAGAAGCCAUCAAUACCGUCUAACACAAAACAGAAGCCAUCAAUACCGUCUAACACAAAACAGAAGACAUCAAUGGCGUCUUACACAAAGAAGAUGUUGAUGGAAUUACGCUGUGGACACCUUGCAAUGUAG